AUGUCCGGUGUCACUGAAAAGGCUCGCAUCGCCUCCUUCGGCGGUAAGCUCCUCAAGCUCAGCCACAAUGCCACCACCACUCGCUGCGAAAUGUCUUUCAACUUGUACCUGCCGCCCGGUGCUACGGAAAGUUCGGCGGCCAAGGUCCCCGUGUUGAUUUAUUUGUCUGGAUUGACUUGUACGGCGGAGAAUUGCUCGGAGAAGGGCUUUUUCCAGCAUGGUGCCAGUAAGAAGGGUAUUGCUGUGUUGUACCCGGAUACUAGCCCUCGCGGUUUGAACAUUGAGGGCGAGAAUGAUGCUUAUGAUUUCGGUUCUGGCGCCGGUUUCUACGUUGAUGCUACCAAGGCUCCGUAUGACCAGGGCUACAAUAUGUAUAGCUAUGUCACUGAGGAAUUGCCCGAGGUUGUCUUCAAGGCGUUCCCGCAGUUGGAUGCUAGCAGGGUUAGCAUUACUGGUCACAGUAUGGGUGGUCACGGUGCUCUUACUCUGUUCCUCCGCAACCCCGGCAAAUACAAAUCCGUCUCGGCCUUUGCCCCGAUUACCAACCCCAUCAACUGUCCCUGGGGCCAAAAGGCCUUCAACGGCUACUUCGGCGAGGACCAACAGGAGAAGUGGAAGGAGCACGACGCCACGGAACUCCUGAAGAAAUGGAACGGUCCCGAGCUGGAUAUUCUAAUUGACGUGGGCACCGGCGACAACUUCUACAAGCAGGGCCAACUCCUACCGGAGAACUUCCAAGCCGCCGCCGACGCAGCAGGUCUCAAGGGCGUGAACAUUCGGUACCAGCCUGAUUACGACCACUCAUAUUACACUAUGGCCACUUUUGCGGAUGACCACAUCGAGCAUGCGGCCAAGUAUCUCAAAUAG